UGAGGAAAAACCGAAAACUGAUCCGAUUUGCUUCAGUCGUCCGGCAAAUCUGUGAUUUUUUUUCUCCGGCGAUCCGGUUUUACGUCAUAUAGCCGGCAAGUCUACGUUGGAAGAAGAGUAAGUUGUUUGGCCUCAUUAUGGAGGGCCACGCUUCCGGACUCCGCCGCGUCCUCGUCCUAGCUUUCUGCGUCGCCGGCAUUUGGUCUGCUUAUAUCUACCAAGGCGUUCUUCAAGAGACUGUUUCAACGAAGCGAUUUGGUCCAGACAAAAAGAGGUUCGAACAUUUGGCUUUCUUGAACCUGGCGCAAAAUGUGGUUUGCUUGAUAUGGUCUUUUUUGAUGAUUAAGAUUUGGUCUAAUGGGAGCACCGGUGGUGCUCCUUGGUGGAGCUAUUGGAGUGCCGGCAUUACAAAUACUAUUGGUCCAGCAAUGGGGAUUGAAGCCCUAAAGUACAUCAGUUACCCUGCACAGGUUCUGGCAAAAUCCUCAAAAAUGAUUCCUGUAAUGCUAAUGGGUGCACUAGUAUAUGGCAUAAGAUAUACCCUUCCUGAGUAUAUCUGUACUCUACUUGUUGCUGGAGGAGUAUCAGCCUUUGCACUUGCAAAGACUAGCUCAAAAACCAUAAGCAAGCUGGCACACCCAAAUGCUCCACUUGGAUAUGGACUGUGUUUCCUGAACCUUGCAUUUGAUGGAUUCACCAAUGCUACUCAGGAUUCAAUUACAGUAAGGUACCCUAAGACGAGCGCAUGGGAUAUAAUGUUGGGAAUGAAUCUAUGGGGCACUAUAUACAAUAUGAUCUUCAUGUUCGGCUGGUCUCAUGCGAGUGGAUACGAAGCUGUUCAGUUCUGCAAGCAGCACCCAGAGGCGGCGUGGGACAUUCUUACGUACUGCCUAUGCGGAGCUGUGGGACAGAAUUUCAUUUUUCUAACCAUUAGUCGAUUUGGUUCUCUAACUAACACGACCAUUACAACAACACGCAAGUUUGUUAGCAUAGUCGUUUCCUCUUUGCUGAGCGGCAACCCCCUGUCGAGGAAGCAAUGGGGAAGCGUUGCAAUGGUGUUCUCAGGACUGUCAUACCAAAUUUACUUGAAGUGGAUGAGACGGCAGAAGUUGCAAAAGAAAAGAAAGUCUACAUGAAUGCUAUUUUGAUGAUGUUCCUUUCUUUUGUAGCUCUUUCCUCCCUUCACUUCUGGGAUUGUGUAGGCGUGUAACUAGAGGAGAGUCCCCACAAUAGUGUUUGCUGUAGUUGAGCGGAAUUAUUAUUCAAAUAUAUAUAUAUAGGUCAUUUGGUAACCAAGAAUAUGGAUGGUGUAUAAUUCAUAAUUUUGGGACAUAAAACAAUGAAAAUUUUAGAUUUUGAUGUUAUUAUGUA